UUGUCCUCCACCAACCUCUUUCGGCAACCCUCCAACAACUCUCUAGCAAUCCUCCAACGGCGUUCUGAUUUGCCCCUUGGCGACCUUUCGACAUCAAACAUCAUUCGACGACAUUUUGAUAUGCCCCCUGACCAUCUCCUGAAGACCUUUCAACAAUAUUUUGACCACCAUCAGUCAUCCUCUGACUACAUUUCAAUCUUCUUCCAACCAUCCUUUGACGUCCUUCACAACCGUCCAGUCGUUCACUGA